ACGCAAAUUUCCCGCCGUCACGUCACGUAUUCCGGUGUGUGUGGAGAAAGUCAACAAAGUGCUGGUUUAACUUUGAUAUAUUUUUUACUUCUCCAGACGUUUACCGGUGGCCAACGAUGCCUUCCACUCACGACUGGAUUAACAACCCCCUGGGUGUUGUUGAAGGGAUGUUUGCUGCUUCCCAGAACAGUCCAAACUCUGGAUGGGAGGUGAAAGCGGUUCAGUUCUUCAAAGAUCAGCUGAAAGAGAAGGAAGCUCAGACGCAGAUCCCAUCUCUGAACGACAUCCCGCUGCACUAUCUGAAGCCCAACAGCCUGGUGAAGUUUCGCUGUUUAAUCCAGGACAUGUUCGAUCCGGAGUUCUUCAUGGGAGUGUACGAGACUGUCGACCCAUCCACAAAGACUAAAACUCUGCGAUGCGGGAAGUACAAAGAUGUGACUGAAUGUGGGGUGGAUUUUAACUCUGGAAACACUGUUACCGCAGAGAGACAGACUUUCUACUGUGUGCCGAUCCCUGGAGAAAAUUCCUGGGCGAAAGAGGGUUUUGCCGGCACGAGCCAAGCCCGAGUGGUCCCCUCCACCUCGUACGUGCCGAGCAGACAGAAGCGAAGCUACGAGGAGGACGACGACAUGGACGACAUGGACACGCAGCCGCAGAAACAGAGGGAUCCGCAUUCUGGUGGUCCUCAGAGUCCAGCGGAGCAACACGGCAACGGAGACUGUAAGCGUCAAGAGACGGAGGCUCCCUCCAGCCGGACGACGGCCUCCUCCCACCUCGACCUCAACUUCCCCCUGCCGGGAGAGAAAGGCCCCUCCUGCCUCGUCAAGGUGUACGAGGACUGGGACAGCUUCAAACUGAACGACACACUCGAGGUGUACGGGAUCCUCUCUGUCAGUCCGGCUCUCAGCGCCCUCGCCGACGAGAAAGACGCCUCCACAUCCCUCCUGGACCCUUCAGACUGCAUGGAGACGGCGGAGGAGCUGAGGGUGCACAGCCCGCCGGCCUCGCUCGUCCCCCGCCUCCACAUGCUCCACGCCAAGCCGCUGUCACACAACAACCCCCUGCUGCCCGCUGCCGCCCUGGAGGACAACAGCACUUUUUUAUCCUCGACCCUGAGCGAGAUGGCCUCCGUCAGGGCAGAGCUGCUCGCGUACCUCACUCACGUCCUCCUGGGUGACGCUCUGGCUGCCGAGUACCUCAUUCUGCAUCUCAUUUCUAAUGUGUACUCUAGACGUGAUGUCCUCCCACUGGGCAAGUUCACCUUGAACCUGAGCGGCUGCCCUACCGUCGCCUCGUACACCGAACGCCUCUACCAGAUCAUCCAGCAGCUCGUGCCGUCUUCACACUACCUGGGCAUGAGCCUCCAGAACAUGAACCAGAUGCAGUUCGUCCCUAAGAAGGACUACGUGGCCAACCGGCUAGUGAGCGGGGUCCUGCAGCUGGCCAAAAACACUUCCCUCUUCCUGGACGAAACCCAGCUGGAGCAGGGACAGCUGGACGCGGCAGGUGUGCGUAACGUUACGGCCCUGGGGAACCUGAUCUCGUGGCAGAAGGUUGAUUAUGACUUUAACUACCAUCAGAUGGAAUUCCCCUGCAAUAUUAACGUGCUCAUCGCGUCAGAGGGCCGCUCGCUGCUGCCGUCUGACUGUCAGAUACACCUACAGUCUCAGGUUGCUCCAACCCACAUGGAGGAGUAUUUGAGCAGCAUCCACAUGCAUCCGCAGUCCUCAUCGCAGCUGAACAAGUUCAGAGUCUACCUGAGCGUGGCCCGACUGCUCGACUACAGCAUCUCAGAUGAAGUGACGAAGGCAGUGGAAGACGACUUUGUAGAUAUGAGGAAGGACGACCCACAGAGCAUAUCUGCCGAGGACCUCCACAGGCUGCUCGUUGUGGCGAGGUUGCUGUGUCUGAGCCUGGGACAGACGUCUCUCUCCAGAGACGGCUGGCAGAGAGCCAAGCACAUCGAGACGAUGCGGACGAGUCGGGUGGAGCAGCACAAGUGUGUCAACGGCAACGAGCCGUAAUCACACUUGGAGGACGGCUCUCGUAUUUUGUUGUUUUUUUUUUCUUUUGAUACCUAAAAAAAUUUGUAAUAAAGAUGUUUUUCAUGUGCCAUAUAGUUCAGGUCGUCGUCAACUUUUUAUUUUUUUACUGCACAAACUUGGAUAUAAUAAUAAAAAAAAAAAAAGUAUUUUACCUAAUCUACUAAUGGUUUUAAUGGUAUGUACGGGAACAUCAGUUUUUCAAAAAUUCUCCGUUUAUAAAAUCAUCUCAGAACUGUAAAUAAAAUAAAAUUCUGUAGGA